AUUCAAUUCUUAGUAAAUAAAAUGGCGCUAAUUUUAUUAUUCCUCGUGCUAUUUGUUCACAUUUCAUCUGAAAAUUUAGUUGAUAUUACAUUUAGAAAUGUCACAUUUAAUGGAUAUUUCGUGUUUACCCCCAGAUUCAAACCAACCAUCUUACUUGGAAAUAACUUGAAGAAUUUUAUACCGAAUAUCAUUUUUGAUAACAUAGAGUUUAUUGAUCAGAAGAUACCAAUUUUUUACAAAGAUGCUAUUGCUGAUAUAGAUAGGCUAACUGAGUUAAACGUAGUAAAUUGUGCAGUGGAAGAAAUCAGGCCAGGAACUUUCAGAAAUGUACCGAACUUAAGCAAGUUAUCUUUUAGAUAUAACAAGCUUCGCCUAAUAGAAAAUGGAGUAUUUAACCAUCUCAAUUUAACCACGCUGGACUUAAGCUCAAACGAAAUAAGUGUUAUAUAUUCCGAAGCAUUUAAUCACAUGCAUGAAUUGUUUCACAUCAACCUUGCCUACAACUUGAUACCUGCGUGGAAUACCAAAUGGUUUAAAGAUACACCAAAUUUAAACAUGCUAUAUUUCAAAGACAAUCUUAUAGAGGAAUUACCCGCUUACAGUUUUAAAAAUUUAAAGCGAAGUAAAUUGGCGGGUCUUGAGUUGAUUUUCUCAAAUAAUAAAAUAUCCAGAAUAGAUCCUGAAGCUUUUUCAGGAGUACGUCAGAUAAACCAACUGUCUUUAAGUAACAAUCAAUUAGAAUCUUUUGAUAAAAAUUUGCUUAAAAACGUUGUAGUUUGGGACUUAAGACUUAACAAUAAUAGCAUCAGUUGUUUUGAGGGAGAUCUAGAUGAGAUAUUUAAAGCGCCUUACAACUAUAUUGAGUAUAACCCUUUCACAUGUCGUUGUCUACAUCGUCUAAAGCAUUGGUCUAAUAAAAGAGGCAAAGAGCUUGGUAUUGCUGAUUCAAAGUGUGCAAAUAGUGAGGAUAAAGACGAUAAUGUUAUCGAUAUGGAAGAAGUGUUUGAGGUGGGUAAAGAUGUCUAUGCCAUCCACAAAAUUACUUUGGUAUUGCCAAAGAACUCCAAAAUUAAAAACUAAAAAUAAAAUAAACAGGAGUUGGAAAUUAUUUGUAGCUUUAGUAAAAUUAAGAUUAAUUUAAAUUUAUUAUUAGUAUUGUUAUAAGAGGUUGUUGCUACUUUUAUUUAUAUUAAUAUAAUAUGUAAUCUUAAGCCUAGAGGAGAUAAUAAAUAAUUUUUUAAGUUA